AUGGAGUCAACAGAGCGACAUGUACGCGCCUGGAUUGCUACGGGCCGCGAUGAGGAAAUCGCACAGCUAGUUUCAGAUAUUUCAUCUGGUCAGACUACACUCCUCAACGUAGUAAAGGCGUUGGGCGAGUAUCUGACCUCGGAGGAGGAUAUCCUGAGGACGAAGGGAGUAGACCUUUUGUCCCAAAUUAUUGAACGAUGCUCACCAGAGAAGAUAAACCGACAAGCAACACGAGUAUUAACGGCUUUCUAUGCUGGAAAACUGGAAGACACCGAGACGACUAUCCCUGCUCUGAAGGGUCUUGUCCCUUUGUCUGGCUUUACCACCUUCUCUGAUGUUGACGCUGUUGACAUAGCCAAGGCCAUAUUCGCACACGUCGACAUGAAGAAACUCAACCAGUCCACACGAUAUUUGGUGUUCAGGAUCUUGGAUUCUUUGAUAGCUCACCGCAGAAGUGCCUUGAUCGAAAUGGGUGAUGAUUUUCUGACUGGAUAUACCAACCUUGUGGAUGGCGAGAAGGACCCACGGAAUCUCCUCCUUGCAUUCUCGAUAGAUCGCGUCAUCUGCAUAGAAUUUGAUAUCUCUCGCCUUGUCGAGGUGAUGUUCAAUGUUAUCUUUUGUUACUUCCCCAUCACGUUCAAGCCUCCCGCAGACGAUCCCUAUGCUAUCACGGCUGAUGACCUCAGACUCGUGUUGCGAUCCUGUAUGAGCGCGUCGCCGCUUUUCGGUCAAUUAGCGAUUCCGUUGUUUCUGGACAAACUCUUGGGUGGUUCUCCUGCUACCAAAAAAGAUAUUAUUGAAACUAUCUCUAUCUGCAUAGCUGUAUAUGGUUCUGCGGCGGUGAAUAAUUUCUCCAAGAAAUUAUGGAACUCCCUUAAGAUGGAGGUAUUCCAACCAGUCAAUCCUGAAAUUGAAGCAGAAGCAUUAAAGGCGACAGAAGUUCUAAUACGAACUAUCUACGGCUUUGACGGAAGCUCCGAGAGAUCAGAAGACCACAUUGAAGGCUUAGUUGCGGAUAUCUGCAGCGAAUGUUUAGGACUGAUGAGCGAACCUGAGAAAAGUCAAGCAGUGCCCGCCAGUAAGGUAAUCGCGGCUCUCAUAGGGACGACGCCGAGUAUCUCCAAAUUCGUUCUGUCACAGGUUAUUCCUCAUCUUUUGAAGCUAUUCCGCGAUCCAGAUGAAUUGGUACAUCGUCCUCAGAUCCUUACGUUACUAUGCGUGGUUGUAUCUGCAAUAGAUGCAAAGCGAACGACGCUGGAAAAUUACGGGCUGCAGGCUCAGUUAUUAACGCUCAAAGAUGACGUCCUUGGUGCCUUUGUAGCCGGAUUGAAGAGUCCGAGCAGUUGCGAGGCUGCGCUUGAAGGCAUUCGAAAUCUUGCUAGGAUGCAGGACGUUUUGACAGACGAAGAACUCGUAUAUGUUGUACACAACAUUAACGAAUUACUGCAAUCUGAGAAGAAUGACUCCGACGAAGCAAGCGAUGAAUCCGCCGAUGAUGCUCUCGGUGUCCUUAUUUCGAUCGCUGAAAGAAAUUCCAAAGCGAUCGAAGAGUAUACGCUUCCACUUCUCUUCACCUCUCUCCCAGACUCACCUCCAUCUCGUGACGCUCAUCGGGAGCGAGCGAAAUGCUGGCGGACCUUGCGAUUGCUGGCACGCCUAUGUGUCCCAGCUCCUCUAUUCGAGACACUGGUAGUGCGCUUGACAACAAAGCUUGACAUUAUCUGCGCGCCAAAAGCCGAAUUAAAUAAUGAGGAAGACUCCGAACUGCGAAUAGCAUACACCCACGGUAUUCUACGAACGUUGUCAUCUGUGGUAGAGCUCAAAGCAAAUGCCAACCACGUGGACAUAUCAAAAUAUAUCGACCGACUGGUCCCGCGGUUGUACAGUUUGUUCAUUUACCUGUCUAUUUCAGGUGGGCCGUCAGUCUCGAAUGACCCGCAUCGGAAGUCGCUUGCGGUAGCUGGACAAGUAAUUACAACGAUUGUACGAACCAUUCCGGUCGAGCGGCAACAGAAGCUGGCUCAAGACCUUUACUCUGCUUACUUUGACGGGAGUCUAGACGCUCUCUGUGGUCGACAUCAUGCAUUCCCUGUCGGUAGAGCCUUCAAGCCGUUCGAGAGUGUUUCAACUGUUUCGGAGCGUGACACAAUCGUCCUUCUGUCUUCUGCCUGCGUCGCAUUCCGCAAAGAUGUCCUCUUCCCUGACCUGGACUCGAACCAGAUACUCAUCGGCAUACAAGAUUGGGUGCUCGAUGUUGCGGACAACGACUUUCAACGGCGUGCGGCAAAUCAUCUGCUAGCAUCUAUCCUAAAUAAGAACGCAGAAAAGUUGUCCCCGUUUAUUUCCAGGCAACUUGAAGACGUAUACCCGAAAGGCAUACUGAGCAUUGAAGUACCAGCAGAACGUCGGCGGAAGGCUAUUCAUAGUUGGGUUUGGAUAGCCAAGGCUCUCGUCCUCCUUAACAGCCCUUCUGUAACGAGUCUAGUGAAUAGCCUGUUCAACAUCUUUAUGGACGAACAAGUCGGAUGGGAUGCUGCGAGAGCAGUCGGCGAGAUUGCGAGCGGAGGCGAUGAUAUUUUGACGAAAUCAAACCAUGCAAUCAUCAAGAUUCUCUACGCUCAAAAAUAUUAUAAGAAUGUUCUACCGAGAAUAUUAGAGAAUAUAAAAGAGCCGGAAGAACAAAAAGCCAAUCUUGUCGCACUCUCUGCAUUGAUAUCUUCGUUGCCAAGAACGGUUUAUGUGAAUGACAUGCCAACCCUCACACCACACUUAAUCCGAGGUCUCGACCUACCAGACGCUGAAAUUCGAACAAGUAUCAUAAGUACCAUUACAACUGUCGCUAGUAAUGGGGCUCAGGACGCCGUCCAAGCGCAUGCAAGGACUCUCGUAUUGGCCAUGCUCAAAAAUGCUCUUCCUCAAGAGGCAUCCUCUUCUACUCUACGUUUGUCCGCGCUCAAAUGCCUCGCUGUUCUUCCUAGCGCCGUGCGAUACGAUGUCUUACACCCUCUAAAGGCUUCCGUGCUUCGUGAACUUGGUAAGUCUCUGGAUGAUCCAAAACGUGCGGUGAGGAAAGAGGCAGUGGUUGCGAGGGCGGCUUGGUUUGCAUAUAAAGGAUGAAGUAUAGAUAAAGCUUCUGUAUUGGUCGAGUACAAGAAUUGCAGCGAAAAAACGGAUGUGCAAUCUACAAGGGAUACAAUAUUCUCUUUGGCAAGGAACCUUGCAACAUUGGCGUAUGCACCUUAGGCCAGUUAUCGUCUUCGUUCUACCCGUGAAAUAUUCACUCCAUAGAUGUCGUCAAUCGUCCCUGCCAUAAAUCUAUCUGUGAUACAAUACUAUGUAAUACCAUCCGC